GAAUAAGAAUAAGAAUAAGAAUAAUAGUAAUAAUAAUAAUAAUAAUAAUAAUAAUAAUAAUAAUAAUAAUAAUAAUAAUAAUAAUAAUAAUAAUAAUAAUAAUAACAAUAAUAAAAUAAUAUCUGGAAUAAUCGGGCUCAAGGAUCUGAUAAGUUUAUCCUAUCGUAUCUAUAUAUAAUUCUUGUAAUCUUUCGAGAUCGAUAUAAGUCGAUACAAUUCGAUAUAAUUGACCAGGUGAAAUCAAAGAAGGAAUAUUAACUCGAUUAAUUGUCAACUUUCCAAGCACACUUCAAAGAGACUCUGUGAAAAAUAUUGGAGUGAUCGUGUACGAUCGACCGAUCGUAAGGACCAAUGGUUAUCAUCUUUCUUUACGACAGAUGUUAAAUUGAUUUUUUAAAAAGGGACGAAACUUCAAGAGUCGAUGAAAAUAUUAAUUAGAGAGAUCCGCCUACGUGUGUGAGCGUUAUUACUUAUACGAAUACGUUAUAGUCUUAGUUCGCGUUUUUCUUUUUCUACGUGUUCCUCUUGUAUCUACGAAAGUGUCCUUUCUUUUUUAUUAUCGAUCCCAAAACCUUAGUCCCUCUCUCGCCGAUCGCGACACGGUGAGAAUAAAGAAAAAGAAAUGAGAAAUAUAUUAUUUAGAAGAAGAUGCGUUGUGUGAGUGUAAUCAAGCGCGCAUAUAACGUAAUGAAAGAGUAGAAAAUGGGAUGUUGUAUUGUAUAAUUUUUGUGUAAAUUAUUGAUACGAUACGAUGCGAAAGGCGUGCGACAUGGCGCGCGCGCGCACGCACACACACACACACACACACACACACACAAGACCGUUUAUCGUGCCACGCUUAAUGGUAGCACGAAAGUCAUAUUAUAUGAACGAUAUCUAAUAUAUUAAAAGAAAACUAAGUUAUGUGCGAUACACGUGAACAACUAUCGUUUCGUUUUUCUGCCCAUGUCCAAGUUUUCAAUGACGCAUGUACAACGAUGAUAUUGCAUAUCGAUUGAAGAAACACGAAUUGCAAUUUGGCUCUCUCCUUGCGGAGAGAGAUUACGAGAGGAUAAGGAACGAAGGUGAGAUUUCGUUGGUAAAAAAACAGUUGAAGGAUUCUGAGAAAAUUCGAGUCGUCGUCUAAUCUUUCAAUAUCGCGAUAAUAUUAAUGUCGAGAUUAUAAACGCUGUCCUUUUGUCUCAAUUAUCCGAUCUAAACGAAGACCUACCAGCGGGCUUCUCGAGAUUUUCUCUGGAAAGAGGGUAGGUGCAUCGAGGUUUGCGGAUAAGGUGCACUUAACGUUUGCUUCUUGCCGUCCAAAGUGGAUCAACUAAUUGGAUCUUAAAAAGGUUCGUUCUCGAGUGGUCGAAGAGAGAGAGAGAGAGAGAGAGAGAGAGAGAGGAGGGGGGGGGGGGAGAGAUAGAGAGAAGGGACGAGAGAGUGGUCGAAAAGCACGCCGUUGUCGUUGCCAGGCGAUCGCUUCGACUUAGGAUCGAUAGUUGACAAAUUGUGUACCGCGAUGUAGGUCAAUCGAGCGCACCUCGGACGAAACAAGAAUGUCGCAAGCUCAUCCGAACGGACCUUGGUUAGUGUUGCCAGAUGCCGCGCGAGCAUGCCUCGAUAAACAACUUCUUCUUCUUCUUCUUCUUCUUCUUCUUCUUCUUUUUCUUCUUAUGCUAUUCGGUGAAAACGAAUUAUUAAAUCGUCGCUACAGCGAAAUAUUUGAAACGGUCUUAUUUCAAAUAUGCGUCUAUUUCUUUCGUACAAUGCGAUCGUGAAAAUUGACGAGAAGGAUAGAAGGAAAGAAAAGGAUGUAAGGAAAUGAUAAAAGAUGAAAAGCGGUUCUACUGUUGGGGAACGUUACGGAUUAUACGAUCUCGUGCGACAGUCAGCUCGAAAUCGUUGCCAGCAUUGACAAGUCUAUUGUGAGCGUCGGCAUGUGUCAGCUGAUGCAUAGGUUCUCCAUUCAAUUUGAUCACCACGUCACCCGCUCGUAAGCCAGCUUUAUCGGCCAGCCCUCCGAUCGUUACCUUUCGCAACAAAAAGUACAAAUAUCGCAUUACCACCAACGAGAUUUAAUAUCUUUAACGUAUUAAUCAACGAUUAAUCUCGUCCUUUUUCUUUUCUUCAUUAGAGACGAGCGCUGCAACUGUGGCAUAGCUAUUUCAUCGUACAUAGGAUAUUAGAACAAUCGUGGAUCGUACAAAAAGUCAAUACUUUACUAUGAAAUUCGUAUGACUAAUUAUAUUUUCACAUGGACGUUGAAAUAUGGAAAUCGUACUUGACAAAAUAAUCAUCCACAUUGCAUUGACGCAAAUAAAAAUUGUUCGUUCGUCUAUUAAAUCAUACCCUGACGACUGUCAAAGGAAAACUGAAAUCCACCCCUCCGGAAAGACGAAGGCCCCAAGGUUGAGCAUCGUUUCUCGAAAGUUUAAUGUCAACCGACAUAAUUGGUCGAUCGAUUUGUUUCUAAAUCGAAUAUCUGAAAUCGGAAGGACAAUGACAAAGAAUAUAAACGUUAUCGUUUGCCACGAGGGAAACUGCAAAUAUAUCUAUGAGAAAAGAUUUGAAAUAAAAGACAGAUAUAUAUAUAUACGAUCUCUAUAAAGAGGAGAGAUCUCUUGCGAGCUGACACUCACCGAUAGAUUCGAAGAAGAGAAGAAAUUUUACGAGAUCUUUAAACACAAAGUCUCGAAGAUCGUCGACUAUAGACGCCGCACGUACGACACGACGAUACCGCGAGAUCUGACGACACUGAUCUCGUCUAUACGUAAAUAAACGAUGGUCGCCUCGGUCAGCGCUAAUGACGAUUUCUUCGGUCAUUAUCUCUUAGCUCAUACCCUAGAUAAUGUUAUCUAUAUAAGCGCUGACCGAUCCUUAGGUGGUCAAACGAUGCCAACGUUUUCGUUUGCUCGUUUCUAAAUAUACCUAAAUAUACCUAAAUAUUUUUACUCAUUAGGAAGCUGAUCGAUUAUCGAUCGAUCAAUUAGUAAUCGUGACUUCUAGAUCGAAAAAUCUAGAGUUCAUUACUUCAAAGGAAUGUUUCCAUUAAAUGAAUCCAUUAACAAACGGUAACCUUUUCUUCUUUACAAAAAUAUUUUCUAUUUUAUUCGAUGUAACAACAUCAAAGUGUUCCACAAAGAAAAGAACUUUUCGCGAGCUUUAAUAACCUCGAUAGUCGACCAUAAACCAUCGGAUAGCGGCAAUUUUAUCUAUUAGUUUAAUGGCGAGCGUGAACUCGUUUUAUCGUCAAAUUUGUCGAGUGUGCGAAAAAAAAAAUGUAGAGCUAAGCAUUAGAAAGAAAAAAAAGGAAAUCGUCGGACUACUCGAAUGAAUGAAGCUCUAACUCAAACGAUUUGACUUGGAACUAGCGUGUAUCGUCUUUCUCUCAAAUGAUGUGUAGGUACUACACAUAAAGGCUAUUUAAAAACGAUUUACCGCUGGAGAACGCACUCGACCAACCACUGGAAAAAUGUAUUAAAAGCCGUUUCAACGACGGGGUGGAAUGAGGUAAGCCGAGGGAGAGAGAGAGAGAGAGAGAGAGAGAGAGAGAGAGAGAGAGAGAGAAGGAGAGAAAAGAGUUAGUCGAUAUAAUCCGACGUCUCUCUCUCUCUCUCUCUCUCUCUCUCUUCUCUUUUUCGAAGAGUGUCCUCUCGAGAAUUCCGUAUACUGGUAAAAAAAAAAAAAGCAGUAGCUCUCGCAUAGCGCUCGUCGUCGUCGCCGUCGCCAAAGAAGAAGGCAAAGGAAACGAAAGAUCCGUGUGGAUGAAAGAGUGGUGAGGGAAACUGAGUAAGCAGUUCCCCGUGGAUUUCCACGAGUAGAGGCAAAGUUUGAUCCCUCGGAGGGCGCACGCGAGGGCGUACGCGAGGGCGCACGCGAGGGCGCACGCCCCGAUCCCAGCUACACAGCUGAGUGGGCUUUAAGCAGUCACGAACGAGUCCUCGUUCGUUGCAGCUGCACCGAUCGUAACUCGUCUCUUUGUCUCUCUUUUCUCCCUUUACCCUAAUACAAGUUCUACAUAUCCUUGUCUAGCGUCCCUCCUUCUCUAUCUUUCCACCUAGCUUUCCUUUUUUCUUUCUCUUUCUCUUCCUUUCCCUUACCAAUUUCACUCACCUAUCCUUUCCUCCGGCGUUCGUCCUGCUUUCGAUCCGCUGUAUGCGAAUCUUGGUGCAAAUCUUUGCAAUUUCUCGCGUCGCGCGUGUCAACGUCGAAAAGGAAUGAUCCUCGGCAACGCCGUCCUUAAUUCGUCUCUUUCGAUCUCGAUACGGAACGUCCUAUGCUAACGCGUACCUGUUGGUGGGCUCCAUGAUCGGUGAUACAAAGUUUGAGGAAUGAGCUUAGAUCUGAAAAAUGGCAUGCGUCCAACGUAUUUAUCAGACAUGAUAGAAAUUGAAUGAAGAGAAAUGCACUUGACUUGGAGGUUAAAAAAGAAGGAAGGCUUAAAACAGAUAGAUAUCCACAGCCACGCUCUAACUGGCCUAUCGAUUUUUCCUAAAAUCCGUUGUUGACCUUAAUAGCUGCCUCUCGUUGGGACCCUCGAAUAUUUAGAAUCUCUCUCUCUCUCUCUCUCUCUCAACGCAUCAUCAACCAUGCAAAUAUAUCAAAGGCGAAUUAUCUCAAAAAAUAUAUCUCAAAGAUACGUUCGAUCAUGUUCUAUAGAGAAUUCCAAUUAUUAUAUCGUGCGCACAUACACCACUAUUUGAUCCGUAUAUCUAUUAAUUGAGACGAUAUCGAAACUAAUGUCGGGCGAAUAGCAUUUAAAAGCGUGAUAUUAGGAAGAUAUUAUUAUAGCUCACGACAAAACGUAAGUACAUUACUCCGUUUCUAUAGGAAUUUAAUCGUCGUUCCGAAAAGACUCGAAAUUACGCUCUAAUUACGAGCGAUUAUAUUUGGAGCGUAAUUUUUUCGAGUGGCCAAAGCAAGCUUGCGUGUUCGAACGUCAUCGGGAAACUAAUCGUAAGAUAAUCGAGGAAGGUCGAGGGAGAUAGAAACAGAGAGAGGGAGAGAGAGACUUCUACGGGGGUGCGCUAGGUACUCAAUUUGUAGCGCCUACGGUGAGCUAAUUCAAGAAAAGAAAGAGAGGCUUGUGUGCAGUCAUCCUCGAUUAGAAGCAUUUACUACGAGUCGAACAACCCUCGCAAUGGGCGUUACCAAAGACGACUCAGCAUGAAACUAUAGAGACGAGUGGAAAACGUUGCUGGUGGUUCGCCAACAUGGAGGGUUGAAAUUGUAUCGACUAAUAAUUAUCGAGUGUCUAUAUAUACACGUUAUACGAUGUGGCAUGCACGAGAGAGAGAGAGAGAGAGAGAGAGCCAUGAUGCGGAUCGCAUACAAGAAAGAGAAAACUGACAGUUCCAGGGAGUAAAAAUAACGAAGGGAAUACGACAGCUUGCGUUUAUGUAUCGUUCCAGAUCCUCGUUGAGGAUCGCCUAACGAUUGCCGAAAAUAAGUAAGAAGAUUGAAGGUUUCCGUGUCUUUUUCGAAUCUCGAAAGAAGAGAAGGAAAAACUUAACUACGACGUUGGCAGUGGUGGAAAAAUGUCGAGGAUAUUACUAGCAGGAUUCUACCUGCAAUCCACGGAGCCGGGCCUGAAGUUCGGUACCACUUGAACGUCAACCGUCGGAGAAGAGAGCAAAUGAGCAGGACGCGGGAUGGGCAAGUCCUGGCUCUUGGCUCUAUUUUCUGGGAGGAUGACGACGAUGACGACGAUGACGACGAUGACGAUGAUGGCAUACGUCACGAUGGCGGGAGCUGGUACGAGCUCGGCGCCGUCGUUCUUUACGACCGCUACAACGACCACCACCACAACCGCUACCACCACCACCACUACCACUACCACCACCAGCACCACCACUACCAGCACCACAACCAGCACCACCACCAGGAUGGACAGUAAAUUCGACGGCAAAAAACUAACGGAUAUAGAGGAAGCUCUGGACGUGAUCGAGGCAGCAUCCAGCGGAUCGUUGGGGGACGAGUGCGCGAGUACGGCAGGCUUCAAGUCGUUGCCAGCUGGCGCGUCUCUCGAUCCACGUCGUUACGACACGGCACGUCAGAAAACGGAUAUGACGGCCAUGAUGCUUCAAAACCUCGGCCCUUCCGGUGUUGCACGACACAACGGUUUUUUGGGCGUCUUGGCGAAAUCGUUGCUCCUUUCGGUGAACGACGCCGUGGAAGCAAGGGUGAUCGCAUUGAACGCAUCUACCGGGACGGUGAUAAACGCCGUAUGGCUCAAGAGGAGUCCCGGAAGCGUGGGCGAACCGAUCGAGGUCGAAGGCCAUGCUCUACAGGCAGGAUCCAGGCCGGAUCCGAGUCUACCCUGGUUCGAAAAUGCUGGUGCUAGCACGGGAUUAAGGGUUCAUAUCGCAGAGGCCAAGAGCGAUGUCGUGUCGGACGAGAUCGUUUGGAGGAACGUUUGCGCUCGGAUGACCGUGAAGUGCUCAAAAAAGGGUCAAAAGGCACGCCGAAGGUCACCGAAGUUCAUGCAGUCACCGCCGAUUGAAUCCUACAGGGGUUGGUGGACCAUCCCGUAUUUCUCCUGCAAGACUCGCCAAUGGCUCAUCUCGUACAGCGUCAACGUGCGCCCCCCGGAUACUCGACACGGUGUGCGAGAAUUUUUGAGCAUGGAUAUUGAUAUCAGCGGCUUGGAGGUGAAUCAAUGCAAUGCAUCCCCCUAUGGCGAUAGCGCAUCGUCGAGUAAUCAAAUAGCAUCCUUUAGAGGCACCCACAAGUGUCAGGACGAUACGACGCAGUGCGAGUAUCAUAGUCCCAACGGCAAGGUCAACGAACACGGAGUUGGAGCUGGAUGGGCAAAGGGCGCUUACGUUUGCAAGUGUCGACAGGGUUUCUACCUUGGUACGAAUUUUCAACGUGGGGCUGGCUUCGAUGGUAUACUCGUUGAAGCGGCAUGGAAAGAGAUGCAAGAGAAUAUUAGCGACUAUUACGUGAAAACAUUUCGAUGUUUACGGUGCGCCCCGGGAUGUGCCAGGUGCAAAGGACCGGAGCCAUGCUUGGCUCCUUACAAUUGGCCCUUUAGGAUCACGCUGCUGGGAUUCUCCAUAUUUUGCGUCUUCGGUACCGUCGUCCUCGUUGCCUAUGUUUACCAACACCGUAAGCUCAAAGUAUUCAAAGUCGCCUCGCCUAUAUUCCUGUCCAUCACGCUACUUGGUUGCGCCAUAAUGUAUCUCGAGAUGGCGGCUAUAUUCCCGGUACUCGACAUGUACUCGUGCAUAGCCACGAAAUGGACCAGGCAUCUCGGCUUUUGCAUAUCUUACACCGCCCUGCUGAUGAAGACUUGGAGAGUAUCAUUGACCUAUCGCGUUAAGAGCGCACACAAGGUCAAACUGACGGACAAGCAAUUGUUACAAUGGAUGGUACCGAUAUUAUUGGUCAUGUUGAUAUACCUUGGUACAUGGACGCUCAGUGCGCCACCGUACGCGGAAGUGAUAGCCGACAAACUCGGUCUGAAAUUUUAUCAAUGCUCUUACAAUUGGUGGGAUCAUAGCCUGGCCAUUGGAGAGAUCCUAUUUCUCGCCUGGGGCAUAAAAGUCUGUUACAACGUACGAAACGCCGAGAGUCUCUUCAACGAGGCACGACUGAUAAGCACCGCCAUUUACAACAUAGCCGUCGUUAACAUCCUCAUGAUCUCCAUACACCUCUUCCUCUUGCCGCACGCUGGACCGGACGUGAAAUAUUUUCUGGGCUUCGUUCGUACUCAGUUUUCGACUUCCGUCACCAUUUAUCUCGUAUUCGGGCCCAAGGUAAUACGGGUUCUUCGGGGUCAGGGAGAUCAAUGGGAUAGCCGGGCGCGAGCUCGAGGCGUCACGGCGAGUUUCUCGCUAAACGGAAUCGGCUUGGUGCCCGAAGAAACGACCGAUCUCUAUCAGGAGAACGAGGAACUGAAGGAAGAAAUACAAAAGUUGGCGGCUCAGAUCGAGUUUAUGAAAAUCGUUCACAUGGAGGUGCACAACAGGCAUAUCAAGCCUAAAGUAGGUGGAUAUUUCAGUGCCCAUGGCCACCAUACUCACAGUCAUCCUUCGACGGUGCAAAGUCCAAUAGGCAAGAGCUCGACCGCCAGUUUUAUUUUAAAACAGAGCGCGGUGGAACGAGGAGCGUCAGCGGCCGCGGCCGCGGCUGUCGAAGAUUCGACCUUUCCUUCGGGGAGCUUGCAUCGGGCUAGAAGAAUGGAGAUGCAUCAGGCUAGAAGAAUGGAGAUGCUUCGAGAGAGGAAGGCCGAAAAGGAGAGGGAGAAGGAGAAAGGGAAGGAGAAAGAAAAGAGAGAGAGGACAAGGGAAAAGGAGAAGGAUACGUCUCAGCAGCAAGAAGCGGAACAGAGGGAGCUGCCUCAUUCGAGCUGCGAAAAAGUCUGACUAGUGGUCAACAGCGAAGAGAUAUGGUUGUGACGAAGACAAUACAUCGAUUCGGCUGAAAAGUCAAAGAAGAGACGAAUACGUUCUCAAGGGGAAAGCACUCGAAAGUGCUUGUCCCUUGGUGAUGUCGACCAGGACGACAGGUUCCCUUCGAACGGACGAUUCGCACCUGGUCGUCUCGUCUCGUACGUCUCGUUCCUUUGAAACCUUGGCUAAUCGGCUCUUUCCAAGAUGACACACUCCUUGAUCAUGGACAGGCAGAGAGAGAGAGAGAGAGAGAGAGGGGGGGGAGAGUCCCUGAAAAGUGAUCUGCAAACGAUCGUAUCGAUGAAGAUGCGACGUCGACGAACUUUCCUUUUUUUUUUUUUUUUUCGGAAAGACGCGAACGAACGAGCGAGGCGAAUUUUUCUAUUCGAUUAAAUCGUUGAAAGUUCAUAUCUAGAUAUGACCAUAUCACGCGUGCGAUCUUUUCUCAUUUAACAGAGCAGCCUUCUAAUCCUUCUACGUUCGAAGGUAAUACUCGCGAGUAUGAUCGAAUGAAGAGAAAGGAUAAGAAGAGAAAGGGAAGGAGAGCGAAAGGUCACAUUCGAUUCGACCAUCGAAUCAAUCGGUACAUUGACAAUAUGUCUAGUAAAAGCGACGAAAGGGUCGUUCGCCGCUUUCGUUUUUAUACUUUCACUUAAAGUCGAGUAACCCCGACGUAAUUAGAUAUAACGUAUAUUCGAAUCCUUCUUCGUUCGAGGAACGUCCGAUUCGCGAUAAAAGCAAUCUGUGACGAAAUUAUCGAAUAAUCGAUUGCAACGUCGAAGAGAGCAUGCAUCGUUAUUAUGUCAUCUCACAAGUACAAAUCAUUUUACGACAAUAAGUGCUUGCGUGCUCGAUUUCGAGGGGGGAAAGUCUGGCAAGUUUCUUCUUGCUUUUACCGAUUGCAAUAUCGUGCGUUUAUCGUUUCUAUGAAGGAAAGAAAAAGCGAAGAGAAAAAGAAGAACAAGUAAGAUAUCGUCGGCCCUUCUCGUAAGCCGACAACUUAAUCGUUGUCACUUAACCGUUGCAUUAUAUACCGUUGCAAAUAUUUGAGAAAAAUAAGAAAUAGAAAGCAAGAUGUAUCGCUGUUUCUAUCUGACGUAACAUAUGUUAAUCGUAUUUAUAUCGUCGCCGAUUAAUCGACACGUAACAAGAGACUCGCAAUUGUAUUUACGUAGGUAAAAGCGCGCGAUAAGACCCACGUACAUAGAUGAGUAAUUACGCGCGUAUAGACGAGAACGAUCGAUACGACGAUCUCACGAUCGAAUCCGUCGUACGAAACUAUGAAUGUGAAGUGGCAACGCGGACGGACGUCGCUUUGGUCUCCAUUAAUUGUUAAGAUUGAAGCGAUCGAUUAAAGUUAACGUUUCGGGAGGGAGAAUAAGAAAAUGUUCGCGUAUCGAGAUCGGAUAUAUAAAGGACGAACACCGACGAGAAGCUUAAAGCGUCAAGUCAAUUUGAAAAUUUAUCUCUGAUAAGAAAGCGUCUGGUCGAUACAGCCUUGGACGAUAAAGUCACGAUAAGGUAGCUGUAGGCACGAGUAAAUUAUAUGUAUGAGGAUUACGUAGGAUCGCCGCGAUUUUCUUUUCUCCGAAUAUAGUUUCUAACUGAAGCAAGCGACUUUAUAUAAGUAAAUAAGUAAAUUAACAAUUAAGAGAGAGUAACACAUGCUGUAGUAUACACGCAACGCGUAUGUCGCUCUGUUAGUAAGAAGCAUAAGAAAAGAGAUAUUGUGUGUAUGUGCUGCUUAUUAAACGCGAUUAAUAGCUUAGUCGUAGGACGAAGAUGAAAGAGGUAGGACAAGAUAGAAGUGCGUUCAAAUAAACGCGUUCGACUACGGACAGAGAGAUAUAUAUGUUCCUCGAAUGACAACGGCGACCCAGACGAAAAUGUGUACGCUUGCGCCCAGUUAAGGCGUUAUGUUACAAUUUUCAUUAUACCGUCGCCAUUUUUAUUGUUAGCUUUAAAGGUUAGUUUGAAUCGUUAGUUUGAAUCUCGACGUUAACGAUCUCCUUAAAUACGAUCAUUUUGUUUCGUCGACGCGUAUCCAAUCGAUACUCAUCGAGCGCUAUAUAUGUUUUCUUAUAUUUUGUAAUGAAAAAAGAAAAACAAAGAAAAAAAAGAAAAAAAGAAAAAGAACAAAAAGAAGGAGCACGAAGGAGGAUGAGAUAGAGAGGGCAAAGAGGAUAUUUUCAAGAGCAGCACAAGCAGACUUUGUUCGAUCCGUUGACAAAGUGGACGUUAAAAUAAAUGUGAUAUGUAAACUUGUCGUCCACUUUAAUUCAUUCUUCGAGAUCUUAUUACGGGAGAACGGCGUGAACGAUUAACAAGAUCUUUUUAAAUAUUUUCCAUCGAAUAUCCCGAUGUCAUAUGUAAAAUAGAAAAAUGGAAUUAACGUCGUUCUCUCUCGUAUACGUUUGUGUAGUACGUGCGUAUGCACGCAUGACAUGGCCGCGCACAGGCAUGCUCGACAAAUGAUUUUCACAAUAAUGGUCCUUUGUUCUCGCGACGCGUAAAAAACGCCCAAGGAGGGACGAAGGAAGGAAGAAGGAAAGAUCGCUUUCGAUGUCGCCUAUCGUGAAUACCUCCGCGUUUCGACCGUAAGCGUCGAUUAGUGUUCGUCAACCGACCCGCCCCGUCCCCGCCCCUUUUAAAUAUAAAAAAAAAAAGAAAAAAAAGAAAAAACGUACGUUGAUGCAAUUGAAAACAUUUAUACACCGAGAAAUUUGACUUGAAACUCCGUAAGGCUCGUCGUAAGACGCGUGCGUUGAAAAAAAAAAAAAAAAAAAAAAAGAAAGAAAGAAAAAAGAAAAAACAUGCAAACGCUAAGAUUCUCGUUCAUCAACGGAGAAUUACGUAGGCCAUUUGUAAACAUGAAAAACGCCGACAAAACGAUUUAAUGUGCGUACCAUGAUGCUACGGUAUAUAAUUGUCCAAUCGUUUAAAAUCGAGCGAGAACGUGAGAGAAGCUAAAAGCUAAAAUUUCAUAGAAUAAUUUGACCCAAGACGUAAGGUCUUGCGGACAAGCGAAAAACAUAUUUGUAAAGAUAUACUGUAUGUCACGAUGAAUGUAACGAUAAAUGAGAUCAAAAAACGAGGAGACGCGGAUUCCUUUUUCAUUUUUCCGUUCACCUUCCACGUCUCGUAAUGGUUUGUUAUAGAAACAAAAAAAAAAAAAAGAGAGAGAAAAAGAAAAAAAAGGAAAAAAAGAAAAAAGAAAGUAACCUUCAUGGUCUGGUCUUAUAUCGGGGUGCCGUUUAAACGUACGUUUAAUUUUCAAUUUUAUAUUUAUCAUGCAAAACGAUAGGAAAGCUAGCUUUACGAUCCAUUCGCUAAUAAUAUCGGUAUCAGAUCGAUCAUUAAUAAUGAUGAUCAAGAUCGAAAGAUGGCACUCGCUGUUCCGUUAUUCGAACGAAGAAUAUUUUCGGACGGUAACGUCGGUCGCGUUGAAUCACUCAAUAUAUUUUGUGAAAUGCGUUCUCGAUUUCGUAUAUGAUAUAAUCCCGUGAGAUUGAUUUGAAAUGGUGCGUUUUAAUAAAAAUUGGAGAAUAUUUACUUCGACGUUGGCUCGCGUUGGUCCCAGAAUUUCCUUUAAUCUUCGACGACAAAUUCUACUUGUUAAGUUUCAUAUUAUAAGUUGAAAAUAAAUUGAUAAGGAGGAUAUGGUCGGAGGGAGGAAAAAUUCAAUUACGUAUGAAAGUAUUGCCGUACAAAAAAAAAAAAAAAGAAAAAAAAAAAACAAAAAAAAAUGAUGAUAGGAAGAAAAAAAAAUGAUCGAGGAGAAAAUCCGCUUAUCUUCCCUCUGAUAUUCGCGUAUAGCUCGGGUCUUCCGUUCGAUACCUUAACUUUCUCUUUCUUUCCUCCAACGACACGACAACGUAUUACAUAUGACGAUUUCAUUAACGCUCACACCUUACCUAUUAAUGAAAACAAUGUUAAUAAACGUUGUAUAAUAAUAAGUAAGGGGAGGAGAGAAAACGCUAACAACGAAGAACCGUAUAAAUAGCGAUAGAUUUUUGCAUACCUUAAUCCAGCAGCAGGUUUAAUGCGCUCUCGACGAAUGAUUUUCCUCUUACGUUCGUUCUCCCAUUGGUCGCCGUACAGACAGGCCUCCGGCACGUACGAUAUUGUAGCAAUCCCAUUUAAAUUGUUAAUUCAAAGUCUGCUUGGGGAGAAUAGAAUCGUUAUAUUCGAUCUAGGAUAGGCGUUAGGUACGGGACCUAAUUAAUAACCGAUCGAUAUUCGUUCAUCUUAACGUAAACUUUACCUAACGAAAAUCUUAGAUAAUUCGAAGAACGUAUCUUGCCAUUGACGAAUCGAUCGUGAGAUCGUGUCCCAUCGGGAACGUUGGAACGCAUAAGUAUCGUUGCAUGUACGCACGGACGGUAUAACAGAAUAUUAUAACUCGAAUCGAUCCGUAUGCGGUAAGCGCGCAUAAUAAUGUGCUUCGCCCUUGAUAUAUAACGUACGAGAUGUUUUCCUCCGAUAAUGAAGGAGAAAUAAAACAAAAAAGAAAAAAAAAAAAAAAAAAAAAAGAAAAAAGAAAAACAGAGCUAAACUUUGGAAUGCCGCUGUUCAAUUAAAAGUUAAAUAACUCGUCGUAUCACGGGCGUAGAGUAUUUACUUAAGAGGUAUUCGCUAAACAGAUGAGAUUAAUAAUCUGUCCUAAUGCUUUUCCAAGAUUUUUCAGACGUUUAUCAACUAUUUUCAAUAUAAGCUAAUUGAUUUUAAUCGCAUUGCUUCUUUUACGUAUGCUUGAAAGUAGAAAAAAAAAUAUAAGUGGAAAAGCGUAUAUCCACAUUGAAAUAACGUAAAUUUUAUGCGCUACGCAACUAAAUUGAAUAAUUAUAUUCUUCGAUGAUGAAUUUUUUUCUUUCCCCCGGAUACAUUUCUUUUCUCCGUUAAUGGAUACGUAAUGGAUGGCGUAAAGAGGUUCUUUGUACGGGCAGACUUGAGAAUAAAAGAAUAAAACUCUGGUCGUCUGCGUGAGCAGAAAACUAGUUGAUCGAAAUCGAGAAAAUAGGAAAUCGAGAGGAUAGGAUGGCCGAUGAUCGAAUUUAAUUUUAAAACGAAAUUAUUUCGCAAAACUUUUCGCGCGUCUAAGACGAAUAAUCGGACGGCAUCACCGCGGAAUAUUGUCUUUACGGAUAGAAGAAACUUCCAUAAAUGAGAGAGAACGGCAAUGGUGGAGAACGGCAUAAUAGUACUAGCAUAAGAAUUAGUUAGCGGCUAGUCCGCUAAUGAGCGAUGUUCGCGCGAGUGACAUUUUCCGCGAGUGUCGGAUAAAAUAGACAUUCUUUAUUGCCGAAACGUAUCAAGGUAAUAAAUUACCAGCGGCGUACUGCAAGUACGUCGACUAAUGACGGCUUUAUGAUCGAUGUCGUUAAAACCAUAUCCUUGUCGUACGUGGGAGUAAAGCUAACCUACGUAUAUAACCAUCUACGUGAUGGAGAAAGAUAUGAAGGAAAAUAGAAGAUUGGUAGGUAGGAAGGUUGGUAGGUAGGAAGAAUGGGGAAUUGGUGGUAGGUAGGAAGACACGAGAUUAUCAUUGACUCGAUAAGCAACUGGCAGAUCUGAUUUCAACAAAUUAUCCGAAUAAUUGGCGAAUCCACGUAUAAACGGCGUAUUAGAAAAGACUUCUUUUUUUACGGCUAACGUACGUCCUAUAUCGUUCUAGAACGAUAUUCGUCAAACUUUACGAGAAUCGACGAAACUAAUGACCAUCGAGGAAAUAACGGACGGAUGCUCGUUAGCCGGCAACGCGCAAACGACGAAAGAGAGAUAAAAAUCUAGCCUUGCGUCGCAGGUGUGGUCUUCCACGUAGCUCGUCGUCAUCUCUUAGACUUCCAAUAUGAUAUCGAUAAUACACGAGAUAUGUUUUACAAUGUAUCUAUUCGCCCCGAAGAUCGAUACGAUCGCGCGUACGCGAAAAUAAUCGUGCGUACAACUGUCGAUAGGUAUAAUACCGUUUGUUCGUUCGUUCCUAUUCGAUAUCGGAGAGGAGAGUUUCUAAUUCGAUAUAACGCGUACAAUUCGAUAAAAUCGAACACUUGCACGUGCAUUCUAAGAGAUGGAAAGCGCGUGAUCUACGUUAGAUCGUUAAGUUUAGCCUCGCCAUGAGACCGCCGCUUUAUUGUUUAGCGAGCGAGCUAAUACAUGGAAUCGACUAAUGGCAUAGGAUUUUACAAAAAGAAAGUAUCGUGUGGCAAUACUGCCCUUGCUCCAAAUCGUGAGAUCGAAUUGCAUAUGUACCUAUCGAAAGAAAACGGAACGAAACGAAACGAAACGAAACGAAACGAAACGAAACGAGUCGCAUAAGUCCUCUUAUUUCUUUAGGCAACAAUUUCUUUAUUAAUUUGUUUGGAUCGAUAAACGGGAUCGAAUUCGGGAGUUGAUAAAUCGAUCCCGUGUUAUCCAACAACGUGAAAAGUAUAUGGGUGCCGAUCGAGCAUUAUAUCGAAUUAAUCGGGAAUCGUUUGAACGCCUUUGAAUUACCGAAUGCUGAGAACGAAAAGAAUCGGUUAGACGCCACCUGAACAAAGGCAGUCCGUUCAUCGAGUAGCAUGAAACGUAAGCGGCAGAUAAAGGGGCAGGUAAACGUCUCUGUUAUGCUUGCUACGAAUCUCUCGGUUGAAUAAAAAUCGACCGGUGAGAGACAUUUCCGUUCAAAGUGCGCUAAUUGAGAUAUCAACGAGCGUCUAAACGGUCAUUAAACGUUCGCGUAUAAAAUGAACUCGGAGACUUGCCUCUUUCAAAUGCCUUCUCGCAAUUCCGUCCCGUUAGUUAUCAUAUUUAAUUGUACGAUGGAACAUUUUCCAUCGUGUCCCUCUUUCCUCCCCCUCACCUUCCAUGAACUUCUGAUUUCAACAUCGAACACACCUAUUUAUAUAAUAACGUGCACGUUGCCUUAUGACACGAGUGUGUUGAAGGAAAGACGAUAUGAGAAAAUGUGCUUUAUUAUAAUACAUAUGUAUAUACAUAUACAUAUACAUAUACACAUAUGUGUGUGUAUAAUUAGCAUAAUUUGAGUAAUCUAACGCGAGAGAGCUAUCGUGAAAAUUUCGCAACUUUCUUUCAGAAUAUGCCUGGCUCCCGAACGAAGUGAAAGAUACGUCGUGCGCUUCGAAUGCGAAACGAAUAAACGUUACGAUCUUGCCAAUUGCGAAUUGAUUAACAUUUUAUGCCGGACGAUUUAUUAUUAUUUUUUGCUCAUUUGACAAUAAUUGUUCGAUCGCGGCGACGGACGUUUUAUUUCAUCUUGUUUCAUUUCAUUGUUCGUUAACAUUCCUCGUUUGGAAACAAUGAAAUCUUCCAAUUAUCUACGCAAGUAAGUGCACGUACGUACGUACCUUUGCGCCAUUGCUCGGUGCGCCAAAUGGUGGAUAAGCCAAAUGUACUUAUCAAGUACUUAAACACGCAUGUCGUAUCGUCAUUUAUUACCUUAUUCCUGCGUAUUUUCAAUCGGAUUAUGAAAUCAUUUGUAUUUUCUUUUAAAACUAGAUGCUCAUCAAAUGGAUACGUAUCUACUACCCUUGUCUUGUUAGACUUUUUUUCUUUUAUCGGCGACGCAGUCUAGUGGAUUAAAAUAGUGGAUAAUUACAAGUGUUAUACGAUGUUCCAAUCUUCGAUCUCUCGCUUCGUAAUUGGAAGCAAGUAUUUCUUUGAUCACGGGCUAUCACCUAUCUUUAAUCGUGCUCGACGUAUUUCGU